UGCUCUGGUAAAGAGGCUGAAUGUCUGCAGGACAUGCUUAACGUUUGUCUAUCCAUGUUCUUCUACUAACAACCAGCGGGGUUGGCAUUACAUAGAUGCACAGAGACUGGCGCACUGCUCCACUCAGGAGCUCUCUAUGACAGAAAUCAGAGUUCAGAAGGCAGAGCAGCAGAGAAUUCACAUGAGAGUUACAUGUUGAGCAGGUUACGUGUCGUUGCAUUUAGCUUUAGAGAGGCAGUUUCUGUUUGAGGGCAGAUUUUUGUUUCUUGCUCUGUGUUUUUUGGUCUCAGACACAGUUGUAGCUGUGGAGAAGCAGCAUUCUCUUUUUAGUUGAUUAGUUAGUUUUCCUUUCCAUCCCUCCACUGUUUUAGAAGCUGCUUUUUGACCUUUUGCCACCAUGUGGGAGUUCAGGUCCAUGUCGUUCUGGCGGGCGGUGUUCGCCGAGUUCUACGGCACCAUGUUCUUUGUGUUCUUUGGGCUCGGGGCGGCCCUCCGCUGGACCACCGGGCCGCACAAUGUUCUUCACGUUGCCUUUUGCUUUGGGCUGGCGGCUGCCACCUUCAUCCAGUCCAUCGGCCACAUCAGCGGAGGACACAUCAACCCGGCCGUCACCUUCGCCUACCUGAUUGGUUCUCAGAUGUCCCUGUUCCGUGCUUUCUUCUACAUCAUGGCUCAGUGUCUCGGAGCGCUGGCUGGUGCUGCUGUGCUCUACGGGGUCACACCCAGCAACAUGAGGGGAAACCUGGCACUGAACACGCUGCAGCCCGGCAUCAGCCUCGGUAUGGCCACUACGAUGGAGGUUUUCCUCACCCUCCAGCUCGUUGUCUGCAUCUUCGCCGUGACAGACGAGAGGCGCAACGGACGCCUGGGCUCUGCUGCUCUGGCCAUCGGCUUCUCUGUGCUCAUGGGGCAUCUUCUCGGGAUGUACUACACUGGAGCAGGUAUGAACCCAGCAAGGUCCUUCGCCCCGGCUGUCCUGGUCAGGAACUUUGUCAACCACUGGGUGUACUGGGUGGGGCCGAUGAUCGGCGGCGCCAUGGGUGCCCUACUGUACGACUUCAUGCUGUUCCCUCGCAUGCGCGGCCUCUCCGAGAGGCUCGCCACACUGAAGGGCACUCGGCCCCCGGAGGCUGAAGGCCAGCAGGAGACCAGAGGAGAGCCCAUCGAGCUCAAGACACAGGCCCUAUAAGCCUGGAGUAGGAGAUCGGCUUUCUGACCCCCCUACCCCUCACCCAUCACGCCUCACCCUGCACCCUCAGUUCCUGGUCCAUCCUCAGCCCACACACUGUUUUUGCACACAUACCUCCUCUCCGCCUCCACACAUGCUAACACAGAUCCCCCCAGCACCUUUGUUUCCCUUUGUUCUGCAUCCAGAACUGGACUUACUGCAUCACAGUGAAGGGGCGCCCACAGCCCUGAACGCCUCUCCUGAUCUCACAUCUGCCCAUCCUCCGUUCUCCUCUUCCCUCCUCGGAAUGCAGGACAAAGAUGGUGGGUUAGAAGAAGACUUGCCACUGAAGGAAGCACCCUGUGCCCUGUGGUGUGGGGAGUCAGCCACUCCCGGCUGACCAGGUGGCUAUAACUGCUCAGGACAGGGGCCGCUAUCUCGAUCUUUCCUUCCCUUUUUCUCUCUCUUUCUGUUUUUUCUCCCUAUUUUGUAGUCUGCUAGGAGUGAAGCUACAGUAGAGCAGUGGACUUCUGCAUGCUUUUCCAUUUUGAUCCAGUUUGAUCUCGCCCUUUGUUUGUUUUGUUUCAUGAACUUUGGGUAAAUUACACGUAGGUAUUGUACUUUACCGGUAUUUAUUUGGCUUCUCUUUUUUUUCUUUUUUUUAGUUGUGUGUGUGUGUGUGUGUGUGUGUGUGUGUGUGUGUGUGUGUGUGUGACAAUGAGAGAAAGACAUGAGUGAGUGUGCAUGCAUGUCUGUGCGCAUGUGUAUGCUUGUGUGCUUGUUUUAAGUGAUCAUUUUUAUUUUUCUCUUUUCAUUGCCGCAAUCCUUUGUCUGUAUCAUGAUUUUAUUUUAUUUAUUUUGGUUUAUCAUGCAAGCUUAUUUUAGGGAAAGAUGCUGCCUUUUCAUUGCCCUCACUGAUACUGCAAAAGUUUAAUACACAAAUUCAACCAAUUUCAUGUUUAGAGUGAUCCCAUUUUUAUAUCAGAUUGAAAUAAUCUGCGCAUCUGAGUCACAUCUUAAAGCCAAAAUCCAACAGUUCAGAGUAUGUGUCUCAUCUAGUGACGCACGAACACACACACACGCACACACUCAUAUUUAUAUUAAAAUAAAAAUCACACAAAACUACUUGGUUGUUUGUGAGCUCAGUCUUCAAUUAAGUUACUUAAAAUGAUAAUAUUACGCCCAAAUCUGUUCCCCUUUGUGGGAGAUGUGCAGGAUUGUACCUCCUUUUAACAACUUAUACGGUAUUUGUGUUGGGUUACUGACAGAAAUUUGUCACCAAAGCUUUAGAGCAGUGUUUCUCACAGAUUUGUGUACAGGUGUGUACUAUUUGGUUUGCUUUUACUUUUGCGUGCCUGCCAUGGAAAAACAAAGAGAGCAAACCUGACAAGCUGUCACAAGGAACAAGCGUUUUCUAGUUGAAUUGUGUUGUUUGACAUGACUGAAGGGUCUUUGUACAUCAACUCAAGGUUAGACAUGAAAGAUUGCAUGAGGUGUGAUGGCUUCUUGCUGGUGUUGGCAAACACCUUCUCUUUUCUGGACUGAGCUGGGCGGCUCUUUGGGAGUGAGAUAGUUUCACUGGACAAGGACCUCUUUGGUAUUUGGGAGAAGAGCGAAGUUCAUCGCCAGGAGAUCUUUAGUGUGUUUGUUCAGGGUGGUAGACGUACAUCUUUAUUUUCAGACAGUCUACACGAGAGAGAAUGAACUUUGAGGUUGAACUGGCCUGGUGUCCCCUCUCUCCUCCAUCCCUCCUUCACUCACCCUACCUCCUCCCUUUGUUUACGAGGCAGCCAUCUUGUUCUGCUCUAAUGAGGGGACAUCCACAGCUGCUGGGAUGGAGGGAAGGGGACAGGCCCGCUGAGAUAAGUUAGUAUUUUACAAAUUUCACCUGAGCAGUUGUUGAACCAGAUAUGUAAGCUGAUUCUCUUUCUGCUUCUUCUACAUAACCUUUUUUUCCGUGUGAUUUCCCUGGCAGUGGUUGAGUAGAAUUUACAUUUUAAUGACAUGUUGAAAUUAGAAUUUGUUUUCUAAUGGAAAAGCUUUGUGAUGUACAGUGUAAAGUUUUCUUUUUUAAAAAAAAAAAAAAAAAACCCAUUUCAUGAUUGUUGAAACUGGAUGGACAGGAAAUAUGACAUGCUAGUGACACGUCUCCUCUUUGGCUGAUGGAUCAUGGAAGUGAUGCCAGUUUUGUUACACAUCAAUAUGCUUUGAUUCAAUGGACAGCCUUCAUGGUAACAGGCAUACCUUCCCAAUCAAAAUGCCAUUGAUUCAUUAUUUUUAUAUGUCAAAAAAAAUCUGAAAAAGCUUUCAA